AUGUUUGCAGGUGAACGACUUGCAAAUCGUUUCUCGAUUGACGACUAUAUAGCAGGUGCCUGUUGUGACUGCCUCCAUUAUCGUAGCGCCGCCUUGGUCGUUGGAGUGCUAGAGAUCAUUAUUAUCAUCGCAUACAUUGUCUUCCAGUACCUGUAUGAUUCUUCAUACGGUAAAAACAACGAUCUCCGUUUCACCUUUGCAUGGAAACUGAUCGUUGUUGUUUCCCUGCUGAUCAUUAUUCUCUUACUGUUCGUUGGAGUGCUGACUGAAAAGCCAUUCCUGCUAUGGCCACACAUGGUAGGCCAGAUCCUCGGCAUCACCGUCGCCUUAAUCUUUACGCUAGUGUCCGUGUUCGUGAUGUCUGCCGGAGAAGAGAUGUCAGACAUGGUCUUCGGCAUAUUUUUUGGUGAGGAUCACAUCCCUCGCUUAGAAUUCUAUCUUGGUCCAAUAUGGCCUUUCUGUUUGGCUGUGAUCUUCAACUUUUCUGCGGCCAUUGGCAUCCUGUUCUACUCUAUCGUCCGCGGCUGCUAUGAUUACCUACAACAAAAGUCGAUUGCUGCAGAAGCAUCGUCUCAGAUUACAGAACAACGAUCAAGUACACCGACGACUAUAAAAACUUCAUGCAGGCAAUGA